CAACAACAUAUAGCCUAAAAUAUAUCACCAGCGUUCAUCGGACUCCAGCCAACAAGUUAUAGAUCAUGGACGAUAUAGCCCACCCUCCAGCUCGUCUGCAAGCCGCUUCAUCAGUCCCAAUCUCUUCCAGACACGCUCUUUCUCGCGUCAAUAAUUUUCUCGACGAUUUUCAAGCUCGUAGUACACCAUCCAAGGGUAGUGAUACUUCAAUCACUGCCCAACUACAGAAGCUGAGUAAAGCGCUUGAACAGGAGUGCAUCCGACAAUCAAAAUGAUCUUAUGCCGAGAUUUGGGACCAGUGUAUGGGAAACAGUCGAAAAGUGCCAACCUUAGCCUCACGUAGACUAGAAGGAAAUGUUUGAAGCACACAGCGAGGCCAUAGAUCAAAUUCAGUUUUUCAUGCGUAUAGCAUGCAUUCACGUCCCGCGCACGUCCGACGUACCAAGGCCCAGUGAUGCUCACAUCAAGACCGCAAAUACCAGUGAUAAAUCUGUGAGAUUCGACCUAUACCUGACCAUCGAACUAAAGCCCCCCUUUGUUACUGUCACGGGCUCCCUUCUUGGCAUAAACUAUAGUACAUCGGCCCUUGACAUUCGCCAGCAAGAACUCACCGGUCCACUGAUGAAGAUGCACCAGGGUAGAACGACAUGGCCCUCCUUGAUAUUUGUAAGUGUUCUCAUUGUUU